AUGCGCAUGGAGGACAACCGCCUCCCCAAGCGCAUGCUGUUAGGAGCGAUGGCGGGGGGCGUGGGAUACCGGGGCGGGCAGGAGAGCGACUGGGUGUCUCGUCUAGGAGAGGACCUCGUGGCCUUCAACAUGGGAGACGAAAAGGAAGGGGGGAAAUGGAAAGAGAGCGCCAAGAACUCGGAGGUGUGGUACAACAAGGUCGAGGACGGGGCGGCAUGGUUCAUGAGGAAAUGGCACAGGCAGGAGGCGGAAGCGUCCGCGAAGCGCCAGCGCGCGCGGGAAGCAGAAGCAGAGAGUACGACCAUCUCAGGACCGAAGAGAAAGAGAACCGGCGAAGCGGCGGUGGGGGGGAAGAAACGGCGAACGGGCACUGCUGUAGAAGCGAGUAGGGCGGCCGAGGCAACGCUUGUGGCGAACUAUGCACCCGGCUGAUGUUGUUGCGCCCGGUUUCCCUCCCUGCCGUAUGCUAUACUCCUUUAUGUAUGUCCUUGUAUUGCCUUCGGCCUCUGUGCUGUGUUUCUUUUUUUUUUUCAUGACCUCCCUGCCUGCUCUGCUGUGUUGGGUACCUUGAUCUCGCUUUGCUGUUGCCUUUGUUUUUUUGUACGGCUGGCUGUCUGCCCAUCUGCCGCCUCUUUGCCCUGUUUGCUCCGUUACUCCCAUGCCCUGGUGCGCAGUGCCUGGUGCUGGUACGUUACGUUACCCUUUCAUUUUUUCUUUCGGCGGGUGUGGGAAGCGUCCUCCUUUAUUUAUUUUUUUUGUUAUUUUUGUUUUGUUUUAUUUUGAUCGGUGUCCGAGGGCUCUUUUCUCGAACAGUAGGUGCGAUACCUGUUCUUUUCUUUCUUUCGAUCAUUUUGUUUUCUUUUUCCGAGUGGUUUGUAUCCUAUUUUUGUUUUUUGUUUUCUCGCGGCGUCGUAUGUGCCGGGUUUUGAGACCACGGGCUCCCCAUUUUUUGUGGACUAUAGAGCUAAUGUGAGAAACAACAACAACAACAACAACAACAACACGCCCAUAUGCGAGUUUUUCUGAAGGCUUUUUUGUGUUGUUUUCGCGAGGAUCUGGACCAGAGUCCAAAACCGGGGUUUCACUACCCUCUUAGUACAACAUUAUCUACGUUUAGGUUCAGAAAAGUCGUGCAGUUUUCCACGGAAAGGUGAAAAGAAACCCGACUUUUUUUCGCCUGUUCUAUUCGUGAUGUCAUCGCAAAAAACUUACGGGAAAAAUGGGAACGUAUCCAAAAAUGAGAAUGGGCGUUUGUUUUUAGAAAGCAAACUACGCCUUUGCAACUCCCCCCAAAAAAGUUGACAGUGCUGUAGGUCUUAACAGCAGCUUUCGAAUGAGCUGUUGCUCAAGCUGUAUGUCCUCGGCAUCGCCGAGGUAGCCAGCAUCGCGAGAAAUCAGGUCGAAACCAGCACGAAUCGCUUUUUGCGCCCGUGAG